AUGAAGCGAUAUCCGCAAACGGCAAGAUUCAUUCUAGGUCUUGAGACCUUGUUCCAUCGAUUCCGCUCCGAGAACUGGUCUCAAUAUGUCACAAUAUGUGGAGCUGUCAUCGGCUGGACACGAGGGACAGGUCUGAUGAGUGCGAACAACAUCGUCGCAGAUGCCGUGGAGUCUCAGGGUGCCUUGACAUUCAUACAGUCCGAGGUGGCUCUCAACAUUUUCGCACUCAUGACUCCAGACAUCUCAAGCUUUUGUGAGGAUACUCCGCUGUAUGCCGAUCUUCGCGGCGGGAUGCAGUACAUCGAUGACCUCAAGCAAUGCAUAGCGGCCGCUCGCAAUCGUAUCUCUGAGGAAGUCGCGAUUCGCAAGGCUAUCGCUGCUGAGCGGGAUAUUCAACGCUCAGUCCUUCGAGGUGUCGAAACGCCGAAAGAGAAGCUUCAACCAGCAAAGCGAGCUCGUUUCGAACUCGAUCUUCCCGCACUGUCUGACUACGAAACAACAACACAAGGAACACAGUAUCCUGAAGGGAUGGUAGACUUAUCCCGCGUCGUUGUCGUGGUGGGUUUCUCCGAGCUCGGUCCGUGGGGCAACUCACGCACUCGGUGGGAGAUGGAGUCUAACGGCGACUUCACCAUGCAAGGAUACAUCGAAAUGGCCUGGAUCAUGUCUCUCAUCGAACACAAAAAUGGCGACAACAAAGGCAAGCCAUAUGUGGGAUGGGUCGACGUAACCACGAAAGAACCCAUUCGCGAUGAUGAGAUUGAAGAAAGAUAUGGUGCCCAGAUAAAGUCGCACGCUGGCAUCCACUUCAUCGAAACCGAAAACUCUGGAGGUUAUGACCCUCACAAGAAGGAGUAUAUGCAUGAAGUUGCCGUGGAGCAAGAUUUGCCGCCUUUCGAAGCUUGCAAAGACACCGCUCAAGCUUUCCAAUUGCGCGACAGGGCCGAUCAAGUCACCAGUUGGAGCAUGUGCCACAGCCGCAAAGCCAAGAUGGCCAUCGUAGGUGGCAGUGAUGAUUUCCAGGAGGAAAUGUCAUACGAGUUCGCAAGGAUGAAGGCGACUUGCAGCACCUCGGCCGAGCUUGGACUAGGAAAACUACCGAGCGAGAUGUCUCGCUCUUGUUCAACCAGCCGUAGCGGCUUUGUUGAAUCGGCUGGCUGCGGAGUUCAGAUCAUCAUGACCGCCGAGAAAGCUUUGGAGAUGGGCCUACCCAUCUACGGCAUCGUGGUCAUGACUCAGAUGGUCAGCGACAAGAUAGGUCGUUCGGUGCCAGCUCCAGGGCAAGGCAUUCUGACUGCUGCUCGAGAAGACAUCAGGACCGCAGACUCGCCUUUGCUGGAUUCCAAAAACCGCAGGCAUAGGUUUGAUCGCGAGAUGCGUCAUUGGCACCAGCAGGCUGUCUCUACAAGGUCCCUAUCCGACACUCAGAGAAGUGCUAGGGUCAGAAUGCUGCAACGUAUGUGGGCCAACGACUUGCGUGAACAGGAACCCGGUAUCUCGCCGAUACGCUCAGCUCUAGCCACGUGGGAUCCUACGGUCGACGACAUCCAGGUAGCAUCAUUACACGGCACAUCCACCAAGGCCAACGACGUAAAUGAGACUGACGUGGUCAAGCAACAAGUGGAACACCUCGGGAGGUCGCCUGCUGCGCCUUUAUUAGUCGUCUGCCAAAAGAGCUCGACGGGGCAUCCGAAGGGUGCAGCAGGAGCUUGGCAAUUGAAUGGUUGCGUGCAAAUGCUCCGAACGGGCAUCGUACCGGGCAACAGGAAUGCCGAUAACAUCGAACAGAAACUUGAACAGCGCAAUCAUCUUAUAUUCCCUGGUCGGCCCCUGCAAACCCAAGGAAUCAAUGCAACAAUGCUCACGUCGUUUGAAUUUGGCCGGAAGGGCGGUAUCGUCAUCAUGGUCCAUUCGAAAUAUCUCUUCGCCGCCAUUUCAAAAGACACGUUUGACACGUACAAAAGUGUGGCAGAUCAACGUCGUAGAGGUGCUAACCAGGCGUACAUCCGGGCAAUGCUGGAGAGCAGAGUUGUCCGCGUCAAGGAAAAGUCUUCCUGGGCAGAGACGGAGGAGAAAAGAGUCUUCCUUGAUCCAUCGUAUCGCCACGGGGUAGCGAGUGUUGAUAGGAAGAGUCCAUAUACUGUCAGUAUUGCGCCAGACUCUGACACCAGGCACCCCGACAAGCAGAGUCCCACGAGUAUCGAUGAGCUCGAAAGCACGAUCAAGCUAAUGUCGAAAGCUGCUAUGCAGAGUGCAAACAACGCUACGAUCGGCAUCGAUGUUGAAGAUCUGUCCAGCAUCAACCUUGACAACCAGGUGUUCUUGGAGCGCAACUUCACAGUAGCCGAGCGAGCAUACUGCGAUAGAUCGGCCGAUCGCCGAGCUUCAUAUGCAGGAAAAUGGGCGGCUAAAGAGGCUGUGUUCAAAUGCUUGCAGGUGCCUUCGCGAGGAGCAGGCGCAAGCAUGAUCGAAAUCGAGAUCCUCAAUUGUGAUGACGGCCAUCCGGAAGUCAAGACACGGGGCAAAGCGACAGAAGCUAUGACUGCUCGUAGUGUUAGCCGGUUCGAGAUCAGCGUUGCGCAUACUGAAACAACAGCCGUCGCAAUAGCGACUGCAACCAAGUGUUGA